AUGAAUCAAGAAAUUUACGAAGAACUGCUCUUCGCAAGAGCUUUGAUAACCGACACUACAGAUUUUGAAUCUAGAUUUGAGGAUAUUUUGACUAUGGUAAUACCACCGUGGAUAAUUAAUCCAUAUGGUGACAUAGAAGAAACGAAUGUCAUAAUACAAGAGGAACUGACUGAACUAAGUACAAACGAAGAAUUUAAGGUUCAGUUUAAAAACGGAUAUCAGCAAUUCUGGCUGCAAAACAACAUACCCGCUACAUAUCCCAUUUAUGCUGCAAUAAUUAUGAGCCUUAUGUCAGUUUACCAGGAUAGUUGUGGAAAACUGUUGGUGCAAUUUGAUAUCAUAGUACCAAGCUGGAGCGAUGUGUGUAGUAACAAGGCUCGUAACGGAAGCAGACAUAUCUUUAUUUUAUUGGAGUCUCCAAGGCUAGCUUCAGGGAAGAGACAGAGGACUAGCAGAAAUGAUUUCUGA